GCAGGAGGAAGAUGGCAGCGUCCUGAGUCCUGAGUAGAAAGAGCGCAGAGUCGGCUACCCAUUGCACCGGACUGGAAUAAUAACACAACAACCGUUUACAUUGGAGGGAGGGGGCAGAGGAGCUGAAACGAUUUACGAUUUGUAGCAGCUACUCAGCUCCUGCCAGAAGAUGAAUAUCCUCAAAGACAACAAAGACUUGGCCUGUUUCUACACCACGAAACACUCCUGGAGGGGAAAGUAUAAAAGAGUCUUUUCUGUGGGAACCCAUGGCAUCACCACCUACAAUCCCACCACAUUAGAAGUAACAAAUCAGUGGCCUUACGGGGACAUCUGUGGCAUCAGCCCUGUGGGGAAGGGCCAGGGCACGGAGUUCAGCCUCACGUUCCGAAAGGGGAGCAGCAAGAAGUCUGAGACGCUUAAAUUCUCCACUGAGCACAGGACAGAGCUGCUCACAGAGGCACUGAGGUUCCGAACAGAUUUCUCAGAGGGGAAGAUAACUGGCAGGCGCUACAACUGUUACAAGCACCACUGGAGCGACUCCAGGCGGUCGGUGGUGCUGGAGGUCACCCCGGGGGGCAUCGACCAGAUUGACCCGCAGACCAACCGCCUGCUCUGCUCAUACGACUACCGAUCAGUGGAGGGCUUCGUCGAGGUCUCUGACUACCAGGGAGGCUUCUGCAUCCUGUAUGGAGGCUUCAGCCGGCUGCACCUCUUUGCCUCGGAGCACCGGGAUGAGAUAAUCCGUAGCGCCGUCGAGCAUGCCGGGAACUUCAUUGGCAUCACGCUACGGCUGCGCAAGGAGGCCCUGAGCUUCGAGAGCUUCCUGACGGAGCGGCUGGGGAAGUACGGCUCCGACGACUGCAUCACCUCGCUGGCCGAGUUCGUCGUGCAGAAGAUCACGCCCCGACACACGGAGCCAGUGAAGAGGAUACUGGCCCUCACGGAGACAUGUCUGGUGGAGAGGGACCCAGCCUCCUACAACAUCGUCACUGUCAAGCCCUUUGGCGAGGUAUUUGCGCUAAUUUGCGAUGUGGACAACCCCCAGGUGUUCACUGUGGAGUUCAUCAGAGGGCAGAUCAGAAAGUACUCUUCCACAGAAAGAGACUCCCUGAUGGCCAGCCUGCUGGACGGGGUGCGGGCCUCUGGGAACCGGGACGUGUGUGUGAAGAUGUCCCCCACGCAGAGGGGCCAGCGCUGGGGCCUGCUCAGCAUGCCUGUGGACGAGGAGGUGGAGAGCCUGCACCUCCGAUUCCUCGCUGCACCCCCGAAUGGAAACUUUGGUGACGCUGUGUUUAGAUUCAACGCCAAUAUUUCCUACAGCGGUGUGCUUCACGCCGUCACACAAGAUGGCCUUUUCUCCGAGAAUAAGGAGAAGCUGAUCAACAACGCCAUCCUGGCCCUGCUCUUCCAGGACUCAGAGCUGCCAGGCCCUAACGCCGAGCUGGAGAGCCAGUUCCAGGCCAUCCGCCGGCUGGUGGCGUCCAAGGCUGGUUUCCAAGCCUUCACCCAACUCCCCAAGUUCCGGGAGAAGCUAGGAGUGAAGACCGUCAAGGCUCUGAAGAGGAACAACAACGGUGUUACUCACGCUGCUAUCGACAUGCUCUGUGCCCUCAUGUGUCCGAUGCAUGACGACUACGACCUGCGGCAGGAGCAGCUGAACAAGGCCUCCCUGCUCUCAUCCAAGAAGUUCCUAGAGAACCUGCUGGAGAAGUUCAUCAGUAAUGUGGAUCAUGGCACUGGCGCCCUGGUCAUCAGCUCGCUUCUGGAUUUCCUGACCUUUGCCCUCUGCGCCCCCUACAGCGAGACCAGCGAAGGCCAGCAGUUUGACAUGCUGCUGGAGAUGGUGGCAUCCAAUGGCCGCACCCUAUUCAAACUCUUCCAGCAUCCCUCUAUGGCUAUUGUGAAGGGAGCGGGCUUAGUCAUGAAGGCUAUCAUCGAGGAGGGGGACAAGGAGAUCGCCACCAAGAUGCAGGAGCUGGCCCUGAGCGAGGGAGCGCUGCCCAGACACCUUCAUACCUCCAUGUUCACCGUCAGCACCGACCAGCGGAUGCUUACCAACAGGCAGCUAAGCCGUCACCUGGUAGGGCUGUGGACUGCGGAGAACCCAGUUGCCAUGAACCUGCUCAAGAGGAUAUUGCCAACAGGGUUGUUGGCAUACCUGGAUAGCUCAGAGGCGGUGCCCGAGAAGGACGUGGACAGAAUGCACAUCCGAGACAACCUGAAGAUUGCCACGGACCAGUUUGGGCGUAACAAAGUGCCCGAGUGGCAGCGGCUGGCGGGCAAGGCGGCCAAGGAGGUGGAGAAGUUCGCCAAGGAGAAGGCUGACAUCGUGCUGAUGCACUGGAGGGACAAGAUGGGCAUCGCGCAGAAAGAGGACAGGAAUAACCUGAACCCGAACCAAAAACCUGUGAUCUUGAGGAAGAGGAGGCAGAGGAUCAAGAUUGAGGCCAACUGGGAGCUUUUCUACUACAGGUUCCAGCUGGACCACGCGCGCUCAAACCUGAUCUGGAACCUGAAGACACGGGAGGAGCUGCGAGACGCCCUGGAGGCGGAGAUGCGCGCCUUCGGCGUGGACCGCGAGCUGGGCAGCAGCAGCGUCAUAUCCUGGAACCACCAAGAGUUCGAGGUGAAGUACGAGUGCCUUUCAGACGAGAUUAAGAUUGGAGAUUAUUACCUGCGUCUGCUUCUAGAAGAGGAUGAGAAUGAGGAGACAGGGGCCAUCAAGAGAUCGUACGAGUUCUUCAACGAGCUGUACCACCGCUUCCUGCUCACGCCUAAAGUCCACAUGAAGUGCCUGUGUCUGCAGGCCCUGACCAUCGUCUACGGGAAGUGCUGCGACGAGAUCGGGCCCUUCACCGACACCAAGUACAUCGUCGGCAUGCUGGACCGGUGCACGGACAGGCUGGAGCGAGACAGACUCAUCCUCUUCCUCAACAAGCUCAUUCUGAACAAGAAAAACGUGAAGGAGGUGAUGGACUCGAAUGGAGUGCGCAUCCUGGUGGAUCUGCUCACCUUGGCGCACCUGCACACCAGCCGGGCCACAGUCCCCCUGCAGAGCAACGUACUGGAGGCAGCACCAGACAUGAAGAGGGACAGUGAGAAGGAGUGGUACUUUGGCAACGCAGACAAGGAGAGGAGGGGCCCCUUCAGUUUCGAGGAGAUGCAGGAGUUCUGGACCUCAGGGACACUCACAGCCAAGACGCGGUGCUGGGCGCAGGGCAUGGAUGGGUGGCGCCCCCUGCAGGCCAUCCCUCAGCUGAAGUGGUGCCUGCUGGCCAGCGGGCAGGCGGUGAUGAACGAGACAGACCUGGCCACUCUCAUCCUCAACAUGCUCAUCACCAUGUGCUCCUACUUCCCGAGCAGGGACCAGGACAAUGCCAUCAUUCGCCCACUUCCUAGAGUCAAGAGAUUAAUCAGCGACAACACCUGUCUACCCCACAUCGUCCAGCUGCUGCUGACCUUUGACCCCAUCCUGGUGGAGAAGGUGGCAAACCUGCUGUACCUGGUGAUGCAAGACAACCCCAACCUGCAGCGCCUUUACCUCACCGGAGUCUUCUUCUUCAUCAUGAUGUACACGGGCUCCAACGUACUGCCUAUUGCCCGGUUCCUGAAGUAUACUCACCUGAAACAAGCCUUCAAGUCUGAAGAGGCCAAGGGUCAGGACAUUGUCCAGCGCAGCGUGCUGGGUCCGGUGCUGCCAGAGGCCAUGGUCUGCUACUUGGAGAACUACGAGGCAGAACGCUUCUCCGAGAUUUUCCUGGGUGAAUUUGACACCCCUGAGGCCAUCUGGAGCAGCGAGAUGAGGCGGAUGAUGAUAGAGAAGAUCGCCGCCCACCUGGCCGACUUCUCCCCGCGCCUGCAGAGCAACACGAGGGCGCUCUACCAGUACUGCCCCAUCCCCGUGGUCAGCUUCCCGCAGCUGGACAACGAGCUCUUCUGCAACAUCUACUACCUCAGGCACCUGUGCGACGCCACCCGCUUCCCCAAUUGGCCCAUCCGCGAGCCAGUGAAGCUUCUGAAGGACACGCUGGAGGCCUGGAAGAGGGAGGUGGAGAAGAAGCCGCCAUCCAUGUCUGCAGACGAUGCCUACGAGGUCCUCAAUUUGCCAAAGGGACAGGGGCAGCACGAGGAGAGUAAGAUCAGGAAGGCCUACUUCAGACUGGCACAGAAGUACCACCCAGACAAGAACCCAGAGGGCAGGGACAUGUUUGAGAGGGUAAACAAGGCCUACGAGUUCCUGUGCACCAAGUCGGCCCGCAUUGUGGACGGGCCCGACCCGGAAAACAUCAUCCUCAUCCUGAAGGCCCAGAGCAUCCUCUUCAACCGGCACCGCCAAGAGCUGGAGCCAUACAAGUAUGCUGGCUACCCCAUGCUCAUCAAGACCAUCACCAUGGAGACGGGUGACGACCAGCUCUUCUCCAAAACCUCCCCCCUGCUUCCUGCUGCUGCUGAGCUGGCCUUCCACACCGUCAACUGCUCCGCCCUCAACGCCGAGGAGCUGAGGAGGGAGAACGGCAUUGAGGUGCUGUUGGAGGCCCUGUCUCGGUGUGUGGCUGUGCUCACUGCCUCCAGCAAGCCGGAUGACAUGGCUGUGCAGGUGUGUGGCCACAUCUGUAAGUGCUACAGCGUGGCUGCACAGUUUGAGGAGUGCAGGGAGAAGAUCAUCGAGCUGCCCAACAUCAUCCGAGACCUGUGCCAUGUGCUGUACUACGGAAAGGGCCUCCCCCGCAUGGCGUCCCUGGCAGUGCAGUGCGUCAGCUCCUUCGCCGUGGACUUCUUCCUGCAGACGCACCUCUACCACGCCGGCAUCCUCUGGCACCUGCUGGUGCACCUCUUCAACUACGACUACACGCUGGAGGAGAGCGGCGUGCAGAAGAGCCAGGAGACCAACCAGCAGGAGGUGGCCAACAGCCUGGCCAAGCUCAGCCUGGUGGCCCUGAGCCGGCUCGGCGGCUACGGGCCCGGGCCCACUGAAGAGGGGGCCAACGGCGUGGACGGGACGCCGCCGGAGAACCCCACAAUCAGGAAGAGCCUGGCCGCCAUGCUCACGCCCUACAUCUCCCGAAAGCUGGGCGCAAGCUCGCCUGCCGAGGUUCUGAAGUUGCUCAACAGUAACUCGGAGAACCCGUACUUGAUUUGGAAUAACGGGACACGAGCCGAGCUGCUGGAGUUCCUUGAAGGACAGCAGGAAGGCAACAUUAGGAGGGGCGAGUGUGACAAGAGCUUCGGGUCAGACUUUGUGUUCGCCGACCAUGGCAAGGAGCUGAUCGUGGGCGAGAUCUUCGUGAGAGUGUACAACGAACAGCCAACCUUCCCCCUCGAGUUCCCCAAGGCAUUUGCAGCCAGCCUGCUGGAUUACGUGGGCUCCCAGGCCCAGUACCUGCACACGCUGCUGGCCAUGACCCAGACCAGCAAGGUGGAGUCUCAGCAGCAUGCUCAAAGGCUGCGCUGGGCCGAGAUGGCCCUGGAGGCCCUGCGCAAUGUCAUCAAGAACAACCCAGGCUCUGAGUCUGAAUGCAUUGGCCACUUCAAGCUCCUUUUCUCCUUGCUGCGGAUCCAUGGGGCAGGCAAGGUCCAGCAGCUGGCUCUGGAGGUUGUGAACACGGUCACUACGAACCAGGACUGUGUUAGCAACAUUGCCGAGUCCAUGGUGCUGUCCAAUCUGCUGGUGCUGCUCCACUCCCUGCCCUCCAGCAGACAGCUGGUGCUGGAAACCCUGUAUGCCUUGACUUCCAACACUAAGAUUAUUAAAGAGGCCAUGGCCAAAGGUGCCCUGAUCUACCUGCUGGACCUCUUCUGUAACUCCACCCACCCUCAGGUGCGCUCUCAGACUGCUGAGCUCUUCGCCAAGAUGACCUCUGACAAGCUAGUGGGGCCCAAGGUGCGGCUGACGCUGAUGCGCUUCCUGCCAGGGGUCUUCAUGGAGGCGAUGCGGGACAAUGCCGAGGCAGCGGUGCACAUUUUCGAGGGGACGCACGAAAACCCCGAGCUGAUCUGGAACGACAGCUCCCGGGAGACGGUCUCCACCACCGUGCGGGAGAUGAUGCUGGAGCACUUUAAGCAGCAAAAGGAUAAUCCUGACGUUAACUGGAAACUGCCGGAGGACUUCACGGUGGCGUACGGGGCGGGGCAGGGUGAGCUGGCUGUGGGCGGCGUCUUCCUGCGCAUCUUCAUUGCCCAGCCAGGCUGGGUGCUGCGUAAACCCCGCGAAUUCCUGGUGUCCCUGAUGGAGACCCUGACAGAGCUGCUGGAGAAGAACAACCCCAAUGGUGAAGCUCUGGAGACGGUCACCACAGCAGCGGUGUGCCUCUUCAGCACUCAGACCCAGCUGGCCGACCAGGUCCCGCCCCUCGGUCAUCUCCCCCGCAUCCUCGCGGCCCUCAAUCACAAGAACAACGCUGUGCCCAAGAGUUCCAUCCGCCUUAUCCACGUCCUCUCCGACAACGAGCUGUGUGUGCGCUCCAUGGCCGCCCUGGAGACCAUCGGGCCUCUGAUGACCGGGAUGAAGGUGCGGGCCGACAUGGCAGGGCUGGCCUGCGAGGCGCUCAACAGAAUGUUCCAGAAGGAGCAGACCGACCUGGUGGCGCAGGCCCUGAGGGUGGAGCUGGUGCCCUACCUGCUGCGCUUGCUGGAAGGAGUGGGGCUGGAGACACUGGACAACCCGUCUGCCACUAAGGCGCAGAUCGUCAAGGCGCUCAAGUCCAUGACCCGCAGCCUGCAGUACGGAGAGCAGGUGAAUGAAAUCCUCUCUCGUUCCACCGUGUGGAGUGCCUUCAAAGACCAGAAACAUGACCUCUUCAUCUCCGAGUCUCAGACUGCAGGGUAUCUAACAGGUCCAGGAGUAGCGGGCUACUUGACAGCUGGGACAGGCUCCACAGUUAUGCCCAGCGUACCACCACCUGUGGACAAUGACAUCGGGGACCUGGGCUGAUGGACAGACAGACGGACAUGUCCAGGCAGACAGACCAGCCCUGCAGACCCAGGCUGCAGCUCCGUUAGACUGUACAGCACACAGAGAAAGAUGGGAAGGAGGGGCUGGGGGGCCGGGACUGGCCCUCAAACUCACCAACACUGUCCCUGCCCCCACUCCCCCCCACCCCCAAAAUGUCCUCCAAUCAGCACUCGCUCUCUUCUCUAGCAAUUUUUUUGGUUUGUUUUAAAUAAACAACACAUUUUUGUGCUGUUUUUUUUUUCUUUUCCUCUUUGUUUCCAAUGAGACGAGCAUAGUUUACUUUUGUAUUAAUAUAUUUUUUACUCUUUUUUGUGUGCGCGUGGAAAAUAUCAACCCAAGUCUGAAGAUGUCACCAUGCAGUGGACCUGUCUCCUCCCUCCCUCCCUUUCCGCUCCCUUCUUCCAGCUCUGAAAGACCGCUUUGCCCCAACUAGUAACACUCAGCCGUGCCCUGUCCAUGCAGAAGGAGGUCAAGCCUAGCUGUGUGCAGUGGAUCGAGGGGACUUUUUUCGUUCCUUACAGUACUUAAAACGUGAUGUACAUCAGUUUACAAGACUGCGAUCCUGAUAUGAAUCCUUUUCCUAAUUUUUUUUUUUAUAUUGUUGUUUUAUAGUGUUGUAUGGAAAAGAAAAGAAUGAAUCUCACACAGUGAUGAUAUUUUAUGGCUGUUGGCUUUCUAGAACCAGGUGGAAUGUCUAGACAAGAGGUUUGUGUCCAGACGGGCGUGAGAUGUCUAGUCAAGACCUUGUACGCUCAUCUGGGCACGGACGCUGCUCCAUUGGCAGUUUGUCAUGUAUGUUAUACUUGUGAUCAAGUUCUGCACUUCUUUACUGUCGCUCUGUCCUUUUCUCUGUAAACGAAAUCUUUCGUACCUUAUUUUCCCUCUCCAGACUGUAAAAAGCACUAGAAUAUUUAUACCUAGUUAAAUAACGGCCUUUACAAACAAGCUUCUGCAGAGACAAAAAGAGGAACAAUAAUAUCGACUCCUGAUUAUAAAACUAUGUGAACAACUAGUGCAAUUGUGAAAUGUUCAUAUAAUAUGCCGUAUAUAAACUUUCUAUAUUGAAUGUACAUUAAAAAAAAAAAAAAAAUCAGUCGCACUUGUACAUAAAAUUUUAAGAAUAA